AUGCAUUUGACAACUCUCCUCUCAGCCCUAUCCCUCGCUACUGGCAUCAUUGCUGCACCGAGUGACCUAACUCGUCGUACUGCUAGAACCAGCGCUCCUUCGGGGUGUCUCACCGUUGGCUCGGGCGGGACAUACUCGACUAUCGGUGCCGCACUGACUGCCCUGGGCUCAUCUACCUCCGCAGCUUGUAUCUAUGUUGCCAGUGGCACGUACACGGAGCAGCUCACGAUCAAGUAUGCGGGAACUUUGACUCUGUACGGUGAGACCUCGAACACGGGCACGUACAAGUACAACACUGUGACUAUCACGCACACGAUCUCUUCACCAGACGCCGGUAGUCUGGACAAGAGCGCUACUGUCAAUGUUGUCUCGGCUGGGUUUAAGAUGUAUAACAUCAAUGUGGUUAAUGGAUAUGGAAAGGGUGCUCAGGCUGUUGCGCUCGUCGGCAACGCCAAUAAGCUCGGUUUCUACGGCUGCCAGUUCACCGGGUACCAAGACACUCUGUACGCAAAAUCCGGAACUCAAUACUACUCCAAUUGCUUGAUUGAAGGAGCCGUGGACUACAUCUUCGGCGACGCCUCCGCAUGGUUCGGCGAAUGCGACAUUGUCUCCAACGGCGGCGGCGCCAUAACCGCAAUGUCCCGGGAGACAUCCACCGACACAGCAUGGUAUGCAAUCGACCACUGCAACAUCAAAGCCGCAUCAGGCCUCGAUCUAGAUGGCGCUGUGUACCUAGGUCGACCGUGGCGUGUCCUUGCGCGCGUGAUUUACCAGAACUCGGUUUUAGGAAGUUUGAUUAAUGCGAAGGGGUGGACGACAAUGGCUGCUAAUGCGACGCCAUUGUAUUAUGAGUAUAAUAACUCGGGGGAUGGGUCGAGUACUUCUAGCCGGGAGUAUGAGACGACUAUUUCGGCGGGGGUGACUAAGAAGACUGUUUUGGGAAGUGAUUAUGGUGAUUGGAUUGAUUCGAGUUAUUAG